UCAUGGCUUUCUCUCUGCGAUUCAUGCUCUUUUCUUCUCUGCUUCUUCAUCUUCUCUUUCUCACUUCUGAAGCAAAACAGUCCUACCGCCCCAAGGCCCUCGUCCUUCCAGUUUCCAAAGACGCUUCCACGCUACAAUACCUAACCACCAUCAAUCAGAGAACUCCACUCGUUUCUGUCAAUGUCGUCCUCGAUUUAGGAGGUCAGGACCUAUGGGUUGAUUGCGAUCAAGGUUACAACUCAACCACCUACCGCCCCGCCCGUUGCCACUCUUCCCAGUGCUCCCUCGCUAAGGCCAUCCCCUCCUGCAGCGGUUGCUACUCUACUCCUAAACCUGGUUGCUACAACAACACCUGCGAAGUCGUCGUAGAUAACACCGUCACUCACGACGCCACAGCGGAAGACCUUGGAGAUGAUGUGGUUUCCGUCCACUCCACCGAUGGGUCCAACCCGGGUCGGGUCGUUACCGUAUCUCACUUCCUUUUCGUCUGUGCUCCUCACUAUAUCUUGAAAGGCCUUGCGAACGGCGCCAAGGGAAUGGCCGGACUCGGUCGGACCCACAUCUCUUUACCGUCUCAAUUCUCCGCCGCUUUUAGCUUCCCCAAGAAAUUCGCAAUCUGUCUCUCCUCUUCUACCUCAUCCAACGGUGUCUUAUUCUUCGGUGAUGGGCCCUACAAAUUCCUCCUGAACGUUGAUGCCUCCACCAUUCUUAUGUACACCAAGCUCUUCGUCAACCCUGUCAGCAACGCAAGGCUUUACUAUUCGGGUGAUGAUUCGGUGGAGUACUAUAUUGGAGUCAACUCCAUUAAAGUCAACGAUAAGGCCGUGUCUCUUAAUACGACCUUGUUGUCCAUCAACAGCAAAACCGGCUACGGUGGAACCAAGAUCAGCACCGUCAAUCCCUACACCGUGAUGGAGACGUCCAUAUACAAGGCCGUGACCCAGGCUUUCAUUGAAGCCGCUGCUUCGAGGAACAUCACCAGAGUAGCGGGUGUGUCCCCAUUUGGAGUGUGCUUCAGCUCCAAAAACGUCGGUAGCACCCGAGUAGGACCAGCGGUGCCGUGGAUCGAUCUGGUGCUUGAGAGUGAAAGCUUGUACUGGAGGAUAUUCGGGGCAAACUCGAUGGUGGAGGUGACCAACGAUGUGCUCUGUCUUGGGUUCCUAGAUGGAGGGUCCAACCCAAGGACGUCUAUAGUGAUAGGUGGGUAUCAGCUGGAGGAUAACCUUCUACAGUUCGAUGUGGCCAAGUCCAGGCUUGGGUUCACUUCGUCUCUUCUCUUCAGACAAACCACUUGUGCCAAUUUCAACUUCACUUCCACCGCUUGAGUUUGAUCAAUUAUUGUAGUUUACGUUGAGAAAGUAGGAUUUAUUUCAAGAAAGUUGAAUAAACGGCCAAUGAAUAUCACGGGUAUAGUCAUAUCGGCCCUUACAUAUGUAUUAUUGAUUUUGAUGCUGUAAACUGUGGAUUGUCUUUUACCAAAAAAAUAAAAAGAACACUGUGAUUGUCAAUGAAA